CAGCCUCAUCCGCGCCUCUGCCCGUCUCCGCUCUCCGACACACACACACAGAGCACAGAACCCGCCAUGGCGCCACCUCCACUUCCCCUCUUCUCCCCCUCGCCGAAGCCGCCGCCUCCACCACCGUGGCUCCACGGCCCCAAAACCCCCACUUCCGCGACCCCUCCACUCCCCAUCGAGGCCCCUCCGAAGCCCCACAAUGACCCCAAGCCGCAAAGAAGCAACAGCUCCACCACCAAUCCCCUCACCACCGGCGUCCCCGGAGGCCGCACUCGGCGCGCCGUUCUAGGAAUCAUCCGCCGAGUCCGUUCCCUCGAGCUCUCCAACCCGCCAAACCCUAGACCCAGACCCAGCACUAGCGGCAACAUCCCCUUCCACCUCCCAAUCGACCGGCCGCAGGAAGGCCAAGAAGAAGAGGAGGCGGGGAAGGAUGAGAAGGGGAAGCUGACCAAGUCUAGGGCGGUUCCGUGGUCUGCGGCGAGGGACGAGCAUCUCAAGGUCGUGCUGCGGCGGGAGAAGAAGGUGCGGGAGCCGACGCGCGCGGAGCGGGAGCUGGGGCCCGCAUUGCUGGAGCGGCUCCGGCGCGCGGCGCGUGGGAUGGACAGGUGGGCGCGGGCCAAGAAGGCCGGGGUGACGGACGAGGUGGUGGAGGAUGUGCGGAGCGAGUGGUCGAGUGGCCAGGAGCUCGCCGGUGUGAGGAUCGUCGAGCCACUCCGGCGGUGCAUGGACAGGGCAAGGGAGAUCCUUGAGAUAAAAACAGGAGGCUUAGUUGUGUGGACAAAAGGAGACAUCCAUUUUGUUUACAGAGGAAGUGAUUAUGUACAUAAUAUGAAGUAUUCUCACAAUUUUGUAGCGGACAUUCAGAAAGUCCGUACGCCACAAGAAAAAUACAAAAGCAAUGUUGAGCUUUUAGGCAAGCAUAACGGUAAAGCUAAAGGUGCUUUCCGAGAGAAAGAUUCAAGCAUUGAUAUUCAGACAUAUGAAGAGCCUGUCAAGGGAACGCUCUAUGAGAGAGAAGUCAACAGAUUGUUAGACAGUUUGGGCCCUCGAUUUAUUGAUUGGUGGUGGAACACACCAUUGCCUGUGGAUGCUGAUCUCCUUCCAGAAGUUGUUCUAGGCUUCAAGACUCCAUUUAGACAAUGCCCUCCUGGCGUGAGACCGACACUAGCAGAUGAGGAACUAACAUACCUCCGGAAGCUUGCACGCCCUUUGCCAGCACAUUUUGCUCUAGGUAGAAAUACAAAGCUACAGGGUUUGGCUGCUGCUAUACUAAAGCUUUGGGAAAAGAGCCUUGUAGCGAAGAUUGCAGUGAAAGUGGGUAUCGAAAAUACCAAUAAUGAACAAAUGGCAUGGAAUCUUAAGCAUCUUACUGGAGGAACUAUCAUACUGAGAAACAAGGACUUCAUUAUUCUAUAUAGAGGCAAGGAUUUUCUUCCUGCUGGGGUUAAACAAUCUGUUAUUCAACACGAAGCUCAGGUAGAUGCCCAGCAGGUGAAGGAAGAAGAAGCCCGAUUAUCAGGGACUGAGUCACUUCAGAUGUUCGCUGGUUUACCCUCUGUGGAAAGUUCUGCAGGAACUUUCAGAGAGUAUCAAGAUUUUCAGGUUAACCAGGCACAUGAAACAACUAUAAACAACAAGGCUAUGAUAGAACUAGAGGCUGAGAAGCAUAGGCUGGAGAAGGAACUGAAAGACCAGGAACGAAGACUUUUCAUUCUUACCAAGAAGAUUGAAAGAUCUAAUCAAGCGCUGGCAAAGCUUCAUAGUUCUUGGAACCCUUCAGAGCAAUCUGCAGACAAAGAACUCUUGACAGAGGAGGAAAGGAUGAUAUUCCGAAAGAUUGGCCUAAAAAUGGAUGAGCAUGUGCUCCUUGGCAGACGUGGUGUUUUUGAUGGUGUUAUUGAAGAGAUUCAUCAACACUGGAAGCAUAAAGAGAUUGUGAAAGUAAUUACCAAGCAGAAUCAAUCUUAUCAAAUAACAUAUACAUCGAUGCUGCUUGAGGUUGAGACAGGGGGAGUAUUGAUAGCAACACAGAAGCUCCCACACAGCCAUGCCAUAAUACUUUACCGUGGGAAAAAUUAUCGGCGCCCAGAAAAAUCACCCAGCAAUCUCCUGACUAAAAGAGAAGCAUUACGAAGAUCAGUUGAGGUUCAGCGACGAGGGUCAAUGAAAUAUUAUGUUUGGGAGAGACAAAAAUCCAUCGAGGAAUUACAAUGGAGGCUGGUUUGUUCAAAAUGGCAUUUCUUACAUACGAAAAGGGCAUCAAUAAACUAUCAAUAUAACGAAAUUUUAUGUCAUACACUUUCCGCUUGAAACUUAUGCAGUGUUUUGCUUUUGUUGCGCUACACCUACAGGCAAAUGUGGCAAGGGAGAUCAGGAAACUAACCCCGUGAUUCAUGAAGAUGUUGGACAGUACAAAAAUGUAUCAAAGAUUUUGAAUAAAUAUAACAUCUAGAUUUUUUUUUUGCUUGUGUCGCCUACAAAUUACAAAGUGCCAAAGAGCUUCCAUGGCUAGGAUAAUUUUGUACGUCCGUAAACAAAUUUUGUUGCAACUGUACAGUUGUAUAUUUUUGUGUUUAUGUAUAUAUAUGCCACUGCAACACAUGUAUUCCCAACAUAUCAUGAAAGUCGUUUCUGUUAUAAAUCA